CUGUCAUGGAAGUACUACAUCUCAAUAUGUCUUUAGACUUCUGUCUGAGCAUUGCUAAACUACUUAUGGAUCAUGAAAGGGACUCUGUUGGGUUUUACUUUCUGAAAAUGACCUGUGAACAUUUUAAGUCAUCAGAAAAUAUUGGAAAAGCUCUACUGCUCCACCUUGACAUGCUCUUGCAAAGGAAGGACGAACUCCUUGCCAAGGAGAAGAUUGAAGAAAUCAUUGAAGGUCAUCAAACAGGAAGACAACUGACAAGAGAAUUAGUAGGCUGGUUACACAACAUUCUGUGGAAAAAAGCUUCCAGAAGUUUUGAGGUGCAAAAUUACACUGAUGCCCUACACUGGUAUGAUUAUUCUCUGAGGUUUUAUGCAUCUGAUCAAAUGGAUCUGGAUUUGGCCAAGCUGCAAAGGAACAUAGCUUCGUGUUACCUGAAUUUGAAACAACUUGAUAAGGCUAAAGAGGCAGUGGCAGAAGCUGAACGACAUGAUCCUACAAAUAUUUUCACUCUAUUUUAUAUAUUCAAGAUGGCAGUAUUAGAGGGAAACUCUGACAGAGCUUUACAAGCAAUUACUAUUCUAGAGAAUUUAUUAAGAGAUGAAGAGACAGAAGAUAAUGACUUACAUACAGAUAGAAGUUCACCUACCAUGCUCCUCAGUUUAGCUGCCCAGUUUGCUCUAGAGAAUGAGCAACAAAUUGUGGCAGGAAAAGCUUUGGAAUAUUUAGCUCAACAUUCAGAAGACCCACAACAAGUCCUUACCACUUUAAAAUGUUUGUUUCAUCUUAUUCUUCCAAAAGUUUCUCAAAUGCCGGAAUCUGAAAAUAAAAAGAAAGAAAUGAAUAGACUUUUGACUUGCUUGAAUACAGCAUUCCUGAAACUUGCUCAGCCUUUUGAUGGAGAAAACUUUACUUCGGACUCAAGGGCUAACGAAGCCCACUGGUUUCGAAAAAUAGCUUGGAACUUAGCUGUGCAAUCUGAGAAGAACCCAGUGGCAAUGAGAGAGUUUUUCAUACUUUCUUAUAAGCUGUCCCAGUUUUGUCCUUCUGAUAAAGUAAUUAUGAUUGCACAGAAAACAUGUUUACUUAUGGCAGCUGCAGUUGAUCUGGAGCAAGGAAAAAAAGCUUCAACAAAUUUUGAACAG